CAAUGCGGUGCGUUUUGAGUUUCAUUGAACAGUCCCCCUGCUGCUAAGCCCUCGCUGUUCUCUCCGCUUUUCCUUUCUUUCCCACGUCUCAAAUUCUCCCUCCCAAAACUUCAUUAGCAGCGCGAACUUCUCUCUCAAAAACAACAAUGGAGGAGCCAGCGAAGGGAACGGUCACACCAUUCGCUUCGAUGUUUCCAUUUGACGAAGCAAAGAAGGCGGUGAAGCGAGUGGAGGACGCGAUUGCAGAGAAGCUGAAGGAGCUCGAACGCCACAAACAAUUCAUCGCCGAUAACACCAAUCUCGUCAACCUCGUUUCCCGUCUCCCGGACGAGCUCCACCACGACGUCAUGGUUCCGUUCGGAAAAGCCGCGUUCUUUCCUGGCCGAUUGAUACACACAAAUGAGUUCGUGGUUCUUCUGGGAGAAGGUUACUACGCCGAAAGAACAGCAAAGCAAACUAUUGAUAUUUUGACAAGGAGAGGGAAGGCUUUGGAUUCCCAAGUUGAAUCUCUUAAGGUUAACAUAAAGGAUCUUAGAGCUGAGGCUUCGUUUUUUGGUUCCACAGCUGCUGAGGCUGCGGAAGGCCUUGUGGAGAUAAGAGAAGAUUAUGUGGAGAAAAGUUAUACUGAAGAACAAUCUAAAUCAGAGAAAGUUGACAAGAAAGUUAGAGUUGAAGACGAUGAAUAUGCUCAUAUAAUGUCCAGGUUAGAUGAACUUGAGAAAGAAGAACUUGCAGCUGAAGGUGAUAACGAGAGUGAUGAAGAUGAGCAUACUAAUACAGCUGAAAGUGAUAAUGAGAGUGGGGAAGAUGAGUGCAUCGAUAUAGUUGGAAGUGAUAAUGAGAGUGAUGAAGAUGAGCAAACUGAUGCAGCCAAAAGGGGUAGUGACAUUCACGAAUAUAAUCAAACUGAAGCUACUUUUAAUAAUUUUGCAUCUCAGACUCAUUUGGAGACAAGGAAAGCACAAAAACAAACAAAAGUGGAAAAUUUAUCUGUUGAAGCAUUAUCAAAUAAGUUUCACCAUCAAUUAGAUACUACUGAUCAGCCAAAUUGCACAGGUUUGACAGUACAGCCUGUACCCAAAGAUGAUAUGUCAAGUAGCAGAAGUUUGACUCAGAUAAAGAAGUCUGUUCCUGCUGAGAAGGAUUUAAUGCUUCCUGGAGUGAAGGAGAAACUUGAAGCAGCAUCUUCAUCUACAAUUGAGGUGCCCAUGUGGACUCCAAAAUCCAGAUUUGAUAGUUCAAAGGCUUUUACAGGCUCUAUUGUGGAGCACUUGAGCAAUAUAGAGAAAAACUCACAAAACCAAACUGUGACCUCAUCACAGACACCUGUACGGGCUUCAAGACCAGGAUUCGACAGUUCCAAGUCUUUCACAAGUUCAAUAGUGGAGCAUAUUGACAACAUGCCAACUUCACAAGAGCAAACCGCGACUUCAUCACAGUCACCCAAUGCCCAGCCCUCAAAGCCAGUUUCUAGAUUCAAGAUGCAAAGAAGAUAGCUCCUAAUAAUGUUAAAAAUACAUGUAAAUGCAGAAACACCAGGGCUGUGUUUUGUAUUGUGAGCAAUUUGUAAGAAACUUGCUUGUGUUGAAGUAGCUCAUUGGCUUUGUUAACAUUUGAACAAUCUUGAUUGUUCGCACACCCAUAAAAAGUUUAAUGAGAAUGUUUUUCUGGUCA